AACUUGAUUUGUCUGCCUAAAAACAAGCCUUUGAAAUUAUUUCAGGUGUUCUAAAUGGAAUAAAAAUUUCCCUUCUUGGUUUAAGGUCAAAGUCAAAUUUCUAAGGCCAAACUGGACGUUGGAAGGUAAUGAACGAAGUUUGUCACUGGCUAGUACAUAAUCCAUUUUCCCCCAUUAUUUUCAAAACUAUGUUCUUUAUAAACUAUUUAUAUUUGAUGAGUUGUGUUAUUUCCUUUCUUUCCUUCCCCCCUUUUUGCAUUGUACUUACUUUUAUAUUUUUUUAUUCCACCGAUACAAAAUUAUUUUCCAUCGGGUUUGGAUAAAGCACGAUGACGUUGCGCAUUGUGACGUCACAAUUGCUUCCAAUGCAAGAGCGCAGACUUGUGAUUUAUGACCAACAAAGCUGAAUGUAAAGAUUCAUCAUUAUUUUGAAAUUCAAAUGAAGACAAUGGAUGUAAAUGAAGAAAGAGAAUACAGAAAUGGUAAUGAAUUUCUGAUGAGCUUGAAUAACAGGCUGAACAAGAUGCAGAUGAAGAUGAGAGCGGCUGUUCCAAACGAUAUGACGGAAUUCAAGAAGGAAUUGGAACUCAAAGAGGAGCGUAGAAGAGAGGAAAAAAGGAAAGAUAUUGCAAAAAUCUCCCCAAACAACUUUAGCAGAGGCAAUUUCUUUGACAUACCAGAAAAUAUCUUUAAGAUUUAUCUACCGGACGAUGCGACCAUAGCAAGAGAGCUGUGGAGGAUCAAAGAAUAUGCUGAGGACUUGGACACAAUUAAGGAAGAAGCAGAGGAAGAUUUGUACAAAAUAAAACCCGAAGAGGACAUUACACCAGAAUUUUCUAGCGGAUCAGAAUUUCUCGAUUGGGUGGAGGGAAGACUCUCUUAUCUGGAACCAUUUUUACCAGAAUAUGAGGUUCAUCAUUAUUUCUUCCGCCAAUGGAGUCGGGACGAUUUCAGCUACACGCCUUGGCUGGAAACACUCUUUGAGGGAGAACCUAUGGAACAGCUAGCAGCAGAAAAUGACGACGAAGACAUCAAACCAGAAUUUUCAAGCGGAGAAGAAUACCUCGGAUGGUUAGGACGCCAAUUACCAUGUCUCGAACCAUUUGUUGGGGAUGAUACCAUUCACGCGUGUUACAGAUAUGAAUGGCAAAAAAGAAAUUAUUAUAAACCAGGAUUUGACACAGUGAUUGAGGAACAAUAUGAAGAGAUCAAGGAAUCCAGAGCCAAUUCUCCUUUAAAAGACACCAUGGAGUUAGAAGAUGAAGAACUGAACCCCUAUAUCAAACUAAUGUUACUACCAUCAAUACGUUUCAUGGAGGUCUUAAUGUCACCGAACCCCUUGUCACUGGUAGAAAUUUGCUCCAAGAGUAUUCCCACUGAGCUGGCUAGAGAUGGAUGUACAAGUGGACCAGAAUAUGAGACACGUCUAAUAGAUACUGAACAAAAGACUGAUCAGAUUUGCAAGAAAGGAAGUAAAUGGAAUUUGUCAUUCAAGUUGCUAUGCAGAAAUAAGAAAGAAAAUGGACAAAAGAAGAGAUCUUCAGGAUUUUUCUCCCGUUUUUUCCACUGAUCUCCAAGGCCUUCCUUUAUAGACUAUACCAAAGAUCUUUCAUUUUCUCAAAAGUGUUUCAAUAAACUAUGUUCACAAAUUAUGCCAUGAUGGACCACAUUUUGCAUUUAUUGAAGUUUCCUGUCAGAUCAUGGAUUAAUUUUUAUGAAGUUACAUAACUAUUUUUCAAUUA